UAACUGUGAUCCAUCUCGUCCUUCCCUCGCCCAAUUCCAUCCAGACCACCGUCGUCUGCGGCGUGGAAGCCUCAGCCUGACUCCCGCCAUGAUGAAUUCUUCCACGUGCCUGCGCAGCUUCUCUAAGCUUUCCCUGGACCGCACCGCCCAUGCUUCACUCACUUCACGCACGCUGUUCGCACCCCAAACCGCAUGCUUCUCCACUUCGACCGGAUAUCGCGCCCAGGUGACUUCGAAAGCGAAGAAGCCGGUAGCACCCAGGCGAGGUGAGAAGACGUUAAAUGUCAAGAAAGGGAAGAAGGCGCCAAACUACGAUAUGGGCAAGAGACCUAACCCGGGUGAGCGCAAGGCACAGCGCAAACGGAUCGUCUUGAGCAACAACAAUGCCCUCGCUGUCGCGUCGCUGCAAGACCUAAGCCCCAAAAAUGUACUGGACCCUUCAAUUGAGGGCAAGGUGAUGGGUUUCCCUGAAGAAAUCGUCGACGCUUUGAGGGCCGAGGAGGCUUUCAAGCCAUCCCAGGGAUGGGGCUUGUUUAGGAGGCCGGCGGCAUUGGUACGCAAGGAGACAGCGCAAUUGGCUACGUUGAUAAAAGCUGUCGAGGAUGCCAAAGCCGAGAAGCAGCCCAGGACGAUACGGCGGCUUGUGACUGGGGACUUGAUGAGCGGAAAGAGCACACUGCUGCUCCAGGGUUUGGCCAUGGCUCAUCUGAGGGGAUGGUUCGUAAUUAACUUGCCCAACGCCCAAGAGAUCGCCUUUGCCCGCACAGACUAUGCCCCCCUGGCUGGAUCGGAUCCUCUGCAGUACACCCAGGACACCUACACUGCCGAUCUCUUGCGCCAAAUACUCAAAGGUAACCGGGCCUUCCUCGAAGAGACUCGCAUGGUCACCAAACCCGAUCUCCCAUUCCCUCUGCCCGCAAACUCUACACUAAAGGUCCUUGUCGAGCAAGGCAUGGUCAACUCUGAAUUUUCGUGGGCUGUGUUCACGACCCUGUGGCAGGAACUCUCUCAGCCUGGUCGUCCGCCCAUCAUGUUCGCACUCGACGCUAUAGCACACGUUAUGCGUAAUUCCGAUUACCUUAGUGCGGAAGUCAAGCCGAUCCACGGUUUCGACCUCACUCUGAUCCGACAAUUCGUUGACCAUCUCUCGGGGCAAAAGACGCUCGCUAAUGGCGGAAUCAUCCUCGGCGGCACAUCUCAGUCGAACAAACCUGCCACUCCGGCGCUUGAUCACUUCAUCAAGGUCGCUGAAGCUCUCCAGUCUGACCCGGACAAUGUUCCCAAGUGGAAUCCGUACCUGGGUGUGGACCAGCGCGUUGUGGACGCCUUGCAAGGCUUGGAAGAUCCCAAACAAAAGGACUUUGACGUAUUGCGCUUGGGUGGCGUGAGCAAGCCGGAGGCCAAGGCUAUGAUGGAGUACUAUGCUCAUAGCGGUAUGCUGAGGCAUACAGUUGAUGACCGCCUUGUGGCAGAGAAGUGGAGUUUGGCUGGAAUGGGAAAUGUUGGUGAAUUGGAGAGGGCGAGUGUGAGAUUAAGGUUGUAA